AUUGUAGACAUAAGUGACAUAAAAGUUGUAAGUCCAAAUUCAUCUCUUGCCGAACUUGGAAUGGACUCCAUGAUGGCUGUAGAAAUCAAGCAAACUCUGGAACGAGAAUUUGAUAUAUUUGUCACAGCACAAGAGAUAAGAAAUCUUACUUUCGCAAAACUCAUUAAGAUGUCUAUUACAAGCAUCGGUGACAAUGAUGUGGAUGAUGAUAAGAAAUUUGACAUAGAGAAGUCAGACGGUUUAAAACUUUUAGUUGGUAUUACAUUAAAAAAUGAAGACUUUGUUUCCCCAACAGAUUUUUCAACUAACAGACAGAACACUACGACUGAAGUAUUUCUUAUACCGGGUAUUGACGGAU